ACAGUUUUACUCCACCAGUUCUGCGCUGUGCCGGCCUGGAGAGGAGUAAGGGAGCGGAAAGAGGUGCAAGAAGAGAGGAUUUGGUGAACCGAGGAGAGACAGACAGGGGAGAGGGACCAUGGCUGCUCUCUCUGCCUUGCUGAAGACCUGGGUUAUACUGCAGACCUUGUGCCUGGCUCUGGCCCAAGUGAGGGGUCCACCUGGACCUCAGGGCCAGCCCGGCCCACCAGGCCCGUCUGGCACUCCUGGGUCAGAUGGCAUUGAUGGAGAAAAGGGACCUCCUGGGCCCCCUGGUCCACCAGGGCAAAAGGGAGAGCCAGGAGAACCAGGUCCUGAUGGAGUGCCAGGAGAGAAUGGCAUCGAUGGUUUGAUCGGCGCAAAGGGCGAUCGAGGUCCAGUUGGGAGCCCUGGCCCUAAGGGUCGACCUGGACCAAGUGGCGAGCCUGGUCCUCCUGGAUCAGGCCUUCCAGGACUGUCUGGCACUCCUGGGCCAAUUGGACUUCCAGGUGAAAUCGGAGCAACUGGAGCAAAGGGCGUCAUGGGACCACCUGGACCUCCAGGACUUUCUGGACCUCCUGGCAAGCCGGGUCCUCCAGGGAAGUUCAUCGGAGGGGAGGAGGGCAGUGCAGACUUCCAGUGUCCUCUUAACUGUCCAGCAGGACCAAAAGGCCCUCAGGGACUGCAGGGUGUCAAGGGACACAAAGGACGUGCUGGUGUUCUGGGAGAGCCUGGCAGCAUUGGAAAACUGGGCCUCAAGGGAGAAGUGGGCAUCUCUGGGGAACAGGGCAUCCCAGGACCUUCGGGACCGAUGGGUCUGCGGGGUUAUCCAGGAAUGAUGGGUCCUAAAGGAGAAGCAGGGCCUCGUGGUUACAAGGGCAUCAACGGACCUGUAGGAAUUCCCGGGCCUCCUGGUGAGGAGGGACCUCAGGGACCACCCGGUGAGGCAGGAGACAAGGGAGACAAAGGCAGCCGCGGUAUCCAGGGCCCACAGGGCGCAGUCGGCAAAAAGGGAGAGAAUGGUCUGCCGGGUAUUGAUGGAAAAGAUGGCACACCUGGUACUCCUGGAAUCAAGGGCGGCCCUGGCCAGGCUGGCAUGCCUGGUCCUCCUGGUCCUCAGGGGGCAGCGGGGUUGCCUGGAAGUCCUGGGACUAAAGGUGGACCUGGAGCAAAGGGUGAGUCUGGACCUCGAGGUCAUGUCGGCAUGCCUGGUGCCUCUGGACCUCUGGGUGAACCUGGUGUUCCUGGUGAAGCCGGCAUGGAGGGAGUACCUGGGCCCAAGGGUGACAGAGGCCAGCGGGGACCGGUCGGGCCACAGGGAGUCGUCGGCAAGCCUGGGAGCAAAGGAGAGAGAGGGUCCAUCGGUGUCCCAGGGGCUCAGGGCCUUAGUGGAACCAAGGGAGACAAGGGCUUCCAGGGAAAAGCCGGGUCAAAGGGAGACAUUGGUGACCCUGGCGUUGAGGGAUUGGCCGGCGAGAAAGGUGAAAAGGGUCUGUCUGGUGAACCCGGGCCCAAAGGACAGCAAGGAAUUAGGGGUGACGGCGGACACAACGGACCCACCGGAGACCCUGGUAAGCCAGGAGACCAGGGACCACCAGGGCUUCCUGGUCCUAGGGGACUCAAUGGAGAGCGAGGAGUACCUGGCAUGCCUGGCAUUCAGGGAUCAUCUGGGCGCGAUGCAUCAGACCAGCAUAUAAUCGAGGUGGUGUUGAAGAUGUUGCAGGAGAGGCUAGCAGCGGUGGCGGUGAGCGCCAAGAGGGCUGUGCUCGGUGGUGCAGGUGUAAUGGGACCUCCCGGGCCCCCUGGGCCUCCGGGUGCACCUGGCUCUCAGGGGCCACAUGGCUUGCCUGGCGCCCGGGGCAUUCCUGGCAUGAUUGGAGCACAUGGACAAAUUGGAAACACGGGGCUUAAAGGAAAGAGGGGGGCAAAGGGCGAUAGAGGAGAUCCUGGUAAACCUCACCCAGGACAACCAGGACCUCCUGGAAUACAAGGUCCUCCUGGUGUGGAUGGUGUGGCUCGGGACGGCAGGCCUGGCGAGAGAGGACCCCAGGGAUCAGCUGGAGAGGCUGGUCACCCCGGGAAGGCGGGCGCGCCGGGUCUCCCAGGCUUCUGCGAGGCAGCGAUGUGUCUGGCCGCGUCGGCAUACACCUCCCCGAGACUACAGGAGGCGGGAAGGAUCAAGGGACCCAAUGUUUAGAGACCUGUCUCUCCAUCAGCAGCUCACAAACAUCACCUGGGAGAGAGGAGGAGAGGGACAGAGGAAGAAGAGAAGGAGAGAGACGACUCCUCUCGGUCGGACAACAUCAAGAAAGAGGGGUGGGGGACAAUAACAGUGACUGGAUGCAUAGCGACCCCUCCUGAAACUCCCAACGUUAAGUAUUUGGCUGGUGGGACAUACUCUGAUCUUAAUCCCCUACACCACCAUGACAGCAGCAGCUCAUAGCCACCCACAUCAUUUUGAAUUCACUAGUGUUUUGGAUGAUCCAAAUAUUCCAGCCCUGUUUCGGCAGUGACAGAGGAACAGCUUUAUAUUCCAUCUCCUUUUCUCCCAUCUGAGCUGAGGGGAGCUGGAAACCAAGCAUGGUGAAAGAUGCUUCUUUUUUACACCAAGGUCACUUUAAAUGGUUUUUAUACAUGCAAUAUUUUGUUUUUGACGUUUAAAUGCCCCGUCUGUCUCGCAACAUCACCCCCGAUGCCUUGAAAGUGUACAAAAAUAAAUGAUUGAAGCCUAAUAUCACACUCAGUACUGUAUUGUAAAAUGUAGUAUUUUCAUCUGACAGCUUGAGUGAUUUACCUCAUGUGUACAUUGCCCCCCCCCCCCCAAUCCCCGCUUUCAUACCCAAGUCUCAUUUUAAAAACUAACGACUAGCUUUAUCUCUUCCUCUUGUUGCCUGGCAACAGCAUAUCCCGAUGGGCACUCCCCAUCUCCCACAAUGCAGUGCUGUAAAUCUUUGUAAAUGUGUGUUGAUUAUUAUGUAGAGAAAAAGGAAUGGCUUUCGAUAUGCACCAACAAAAAUCCUGUGUUAAUGAAUUCAGUGAGUAAUAAAAAGUUCCUGCAGAAAUAAUGACUUUUCCUCGAAACAAAUCAGUUACCAGUCCGGAUGUGCUUCCUAUGCCACUGCCAAACUUUCCACAGGGUGUCAGCGAGUUGAUGAAUGAUUUAUUUUCAUCAACAAAAACUAUUUAUUGUUCUUUAUAUAAUCAUCAUCUGUAAAGAAGUUAUUUUUUUCUUCUGGCUGUUCAGGUAAACCCAAACCAAUAAAAAGGAACGUUUUCUAAAAUCCAA